AAAAAGCCUUAUCGUAUGGCUACUUUCAUAUUUUCACGUGGAAAUAUCUUCUUUUAUGUAAACAAAAUAACUAUUCCAGAUCUCAUGAGCGAUGUUCUGCUCUCCAAGUUGUCCACAGAGCUUGCCGAUCUCGACGGAGAAAUCGGGCAGAUUGAUCAACAAAUCAGCCAAUUAAGACGAAAGAAAUCGGAAUUAACUCAAAAAAGGCAGGCUAUCGAGCGAAAAAUCGAACUAAAAACGAAUGAAGACUCGGAUGUUGUGACGGAUCGUUGGGAUCGAGAUGGGUUCCCAUGGUCCGAUGAAGCUACAAAGAUCCUUAAAGAACAAUUUCAUUUGGAAAAGUUCAGACCUCUUCAGAGAGCCGCAAUCAAUGCAGUAAUGAGUAAAGAAGAUGCAGUUGUUAUCUUAAGCACAGGCGGUGGAAAGAGUCUUUGUUAUCAGCUUCCAGCAUUACUUGCAAAUGGGCUGGCACUCGUCGUUUCUCCAUUAAUUUCUCUCGUUGAAGAUCAAAUUCUACAAUUGAGAAGUCUCGGUAUCGAUUCUUCAAGUCUUAAUGCCAACACAUCAAAAGAAGAAGCUAAACGAGUGGAGGAUGCGAUCACAAAUAAAGAUUCAAAGUUUCGACUUCUCUAUGUAACUCCUGAAAAGCUGGCCAAAUCGAAAAAAAUGAUGAAUAAGCUGGAGAAGUCACUAUCCGUAGGCUUUCUGAAGCUUAUCGCAAUCGAUGAAGUACACUGUUGUUCGCAAUGGGGACAUGAUUUUAGAACUGAUUAUUCGUUCUUGAAUGUUCUCAAAAGACAGUUCAAAGGUGUCCCGAUCCUUGGACUCACCGCCACUGCCACCAGUAAUGUUCUCGACGAUGUGAAGGAUAUGCUCGGGAUCCAAGCAGCUCUCACAUUCCGUGCCGGAUUCAACAGAUCAAAUUUGAAGUAUAAAGUGGUUCAAAAACCAGGAUCCGAAGACGAGUGUACCGAGGAAAUCGCAAAGACCAUCAAAAGAGAUUUUGCCGGACAAACUGGCAUCAUUUACUGCCUAUCACGAAAUGAUUGUGAAAAAGUGGCAAAAGCGUUGAAAUCGCAUGGAAUCAAGGCAAAACACUAUCAUGCCUAUAUGGAACCUGUCGAUCGAAGUGGAGCUCAUCAGGGUUGGAUUUCCGGAAAAAUUCAAGUGAUUGUGGCGACUGUCGCAUUCGGAAUGGGCAUUGAUAAGCCAAAUGUUCGAUUCGUCAUUCAUCACUCGUUGCCAAAAUCUAUUGAAAAUUACUACCAGGAAAGUGGAAGAGCAGGUAGAGAUGGACAGCCUGCCACGUGUAUUCUAUAUUAUCGACUCGCAGAUAUCUUUAAACAAUCGUCAAUGGUACAACAAGAACGAACGGGUAUUCAGAAUUUGUAUAAUAUGGUUAGAUAUGCGGCUGAUUCGAGCACAUGUCGACGGGUAAAGCUUGCGGAGCAUUUUGAAGAAGCUUGGGAACCAUCUUGGUGUCAAAAGCAGUGUGACACUUGUGAAAAUGGAAAUGGAUUCGUUGGGACUUCUUCAAAAGAAUCUACAGAUGUCAGUGAAGCAGCCAAGACAACCGUUCGUAUAAUCGAGGAACAUCUGAACUCGGCAAAAGAUGGAAGUGGAAGGAUCACUGGAAAUAAGCUCGUCGAGCUCCUCACGAAGAAAUUAAAAGGAUCGAGAAAUCGAGAGUUUUGUGAAAAGCUGAUUGUCAAUCUUUUGCUAGAAGGCUAUCUUCAAGAAGAUUUCCAUUAUACCGUAUAUUCAGUUAUCAGCUAUGUGGUAAUCGGAUCGAAAUGGCGGGUUUAUAAUGGAAAAGAUGCGAUUAAAAUGAGACAUGUUGAAGAAUCGAAAAGCCGGAAAAGAAAAGCAUCAAGUUCAGUUGAAGAAGAAGAUGUUAUGGUUCUGGAUUAACUUAUUUUAUUGCUUCAAAUCAAUAAUAAUUGUUUUUUUUUC